GAGGGGGAGUUUGGGAAAGAAUGUUUGGAAUUCAUUUCCUGUCGGGCAGCUCUCACAGUGAGGAGACCAGGAGUCAUGGCCAAGUUUAAAGCUUUCCUCGGAAGCAUGGAGAAGACACAGCGCUGACUCCUUCUACUGGAAUACUGCCUCCAGAACUCCUGCUCUAAGAAGAGACCCAUGACCGACUUCUGUGUCUUCUAUUGGAAUAUUCACUCCAGGGCUCCUUCAGCAGGAGAAGACACAUCGCUGACUUGCUUCUCUUGCUGAAAUAUUGACUUCAGGACACCUGCACCAGGAGUAGAAACAGGAUUUACUCCUGCUUUUCCUGCAGUAAUGCUGAAUCCAUGACUCCUGCUGCAGGAGGAGUCACAGGACUGACUCCAGCUGGAAUACUAAAAUCUUUACUCCUGCUGCUGCAGGAGGAGGACGAACAGGAUGGCCGAACCACUGCUGCGAAGAACCUUCUCCAGACUGAGGGGCAAAGACAGGAGUCGUAGAAAGACAGACCCCAAACUAAGCGAGACUCCGGUCUGUUCCGCUGCCAUUCAGACGUCUUCGUCUUCGUCAUCACUGAUGAUUACAUCCGGUACUGCACCUGUAACCCACCCUGACCCCGCCUCACUUCCUAGAAAUCUGAUCACAGUUGCAAAGAAACAGCAAUGGGCACGACGGGGAGCUUCAGCUCAGCCUCCCUCUCUCCGCUCCACCCACAUGACGUCUGACCAGUGGUCCUCAUGGAUAUCCCAGCAGGAAUCUGGGCUGACCUGGAAUGAAGGUCUGGAACACGACAAGAACCAGUCAGUGGCUGACACAAUGACAGCGAGGGAUACAAUCAGCACACCCUGCUUUCCUGUCACCACCACACAACAGGAAGACUCUCAGCCAUCAGGGGGCACCACUGGUCUUUCUAUCCCCGUGGUUAGCACCAAGCUGUCCGGCCAGCGGUCCUACCUGCAGAGCCUGGAGCGGAGCAGCCGGGCAUGGCUGCUGUCUUCAGGGAAGUCCCAGGCUGCAGAUGAUGUAUGUGGUCCUCAGGAGGACAGCAGCAGGAACAUCUGGUACAACCCCAUCCCCGAAGAGGAAGAUGGAGGCAGUGCACCCAGGGAGGAGGAGGUAUGGAAAAAGAGGAAUGAAAAGCUGGAGGUUGCUGAUCCUACAGGAGACUGUCCACAGGAGGACACCAAUCCAAGUGUCAGUCACAAGACUGAUGAAAUUAAGGAAGAAAUCACAGACACCCAUGCUUCAGACUCAAGUCCCACCUCCCCAAAGAAAGGGGGAGGAGCCGGUAGCAUGAUGGACAGGUUGAGGUCCCCUGGUACUGUUAGGAAACUUUCUUUGAAGAUGAGGAAACUUCCUGAACUCCGGCGAAAACUCAGUCUACGUUCAUCGUCCCGUGCUCAUCGGCAGGCUAACAGUGGCAGGGAAGAUGGAGACGAGCUGACCAAUAAGAGCGCAGCGUCAUCGCCAAUGCUGGCCAACCAAAAUGUCAUCAGCAAGUAUCACCUGGACAGCUCCACGCCCCCAGAACGUCCGCUGCGACGAUCAUCCAGACAACGCUCUACCAGCAAAGGAGGGUACCUCAGUGACGGAGAUUCCCCUGAGCUGCAGCCUCGGCAGCAAGCUACUGACCUCACAACCUUCCAGGAAGCCCCGUGGGAUGUCAGCUCCUUUCGGCUGUACGUGGGGUCAGAUCCACCACGAUGCAGCCAGCGGGUGACGGGAUUACUGACUGUCCACCUGCUGGGCCUGGAGGAGAUGAAGAGCAGCAGAUCAGAGGACAGUAAAGAGAUCUUCUUGGCCAUCCAGGUCGAUGGGGUGACCAGAGCCAGGACAGCCCUCUUGACCCUGAGAAGCCAUGCCCUGCCAUUAAACCACACCUUUCACCUGGACUUGGAGAGGGCCCGGCAGCUCCGCAUCGUAGUGCUAACACCAGCUGCUCUGUCAGCACUGGGCAGAGUUAAAACAGACCAGGAUAAUUGUUCCAGUGGUCCAACCAGAAACCGGGUGUGUUGCCUGGGUGGGGUCUCCAUCCCACCGCUUUUUAAAGGGAGUCGUAGUCAGCAGCUCUGCUUGAAGCUGGAGCCCAGAGGACUUCUUUUUGUCAAACUGACUCUACAGGAAAAAUGGGACACACAGCAGCCUGGAAGGGAUCCCUCAACACCUGCUAAUGUGUUUGGGGUUGAACUCCACCACCUGGUGGAGAAAGAAGGAUCUGCAUCUCCAGUUCCCCUGUUAAUCCAGAAGACAGUGGCAGAAAUAGAAAGACGAGGACUGAAGGUGGUGGGUCUGUACCGUCUGUGUGGCUCCGCUGCUGUCAAGAAGGAGCUCAGAGACUGCUUUGAGAAGGACAGUUCAGCUGUGUGUCUGACAGAGGACCUCUACCCUGACAUCAACGUAAUCACAGGUAUUUUAAAGGACUACCUUCGUGAGCUUCCAUCUCCUCUAAUCACCAGGACUCUGUACCAGGUGGUCCGGGAGGCCAUGACACAGCAACCCCCACCAGAGACUCCUGACCCUGAAGUGGCCCAGUCUACUGUUAAACUUCUAUCUUGUCUGCCAGAACCAGAGAAGGCCACACUCUCCCUCCUGCUCAACCACCUCAGCCUAGUAGCAUCCUUCAGCUCCUUUAACAGGAUGACACACCAGAACCUGGCCGUCUGCUUUGGUCCAGUACUCCUGACGCCGACGCAGGAGGCCUGUAGGGGAGGUGGAGAAAGAGCAGCAGGUAGGGCGGGAAGAGGAACAGGGAAGGCCUUAGGUCCUGUUGAGGACAUUGCAAACGCGGUGGACUUCAAACGGCACAUUGAGGCUUUGCACUACCUGCUGCAGCUUUGGCCAGUGCCGACCAAUCGGGUCCAGGCAGACGACCCGUCUCCUCCAUCCUCCCCGACCCUUACCCAGCAUUUUCAGGUUCAACAACACCUGCAGCGCCACCAAGGCUUGAGGCUGGCUCUCCACCCAAAUGCGGAGGAAGUGGUGGUGUCACGUCGAGGACGCAGUGGACUGGCCCGGCUGGAGAGUCCACCACCCAUCAACCGAUACGCUGGAGACUGGACCAUCUGUGGGCAAGACCUUCUUUCUGAGUACGAAGCCGACUACGACGAGGUGGCAGGAAGCGAGAGCGAAGGAGGCAGCAAAAAAGAGGAGGAGGACGACAAGGAGGCCUGGUCAUCAGGAGUAGCAGGAGGAGGUCUGUUCGUAGACGAGUUCAUGGAUUUUGAUGCUCCGUUUAACUGUCGACUCAGUUUGAAAGACUUUGACACCCUGAUCCACGAUUUGGACCGAGAGCUGGCCAAGCAGAUCAACAUCUGCCUGUAGGUGUGGUGGGGAGUGGCAACAAGAGCAGGAACACCAGCAGGAAGGACAAGGUUGUUCAUCAAUACAUUUAUAAACGUCAAAGUGAUGACCUGGGUCGAUAGCUGGCCCAGCUGAUCUGCCUGGUGGGUGGGGGGGGGACUUCAGUUUGGCUGCAGUGAAGCAACCAGAACCGUUCUCAUUCUCUUGCAAAGAGUUCAGAUGCUAACAUUUGAUUAUUUUUCUCAAAGGUUUGAAAGAGUUUUUUUAAUAUAAAACUUUUAUCAUGCACUGCUGAAGCCAUAAUUUUCUAUAGCUGAAUUGACCAAACUGCAGACGCUGUCUCUCCUGCUGCAGGCGUCACCGAGCCCACCCAGUCCCUAGCAGGCAAAGGACAAUUUGGUGUCACAACCAAACACCGACCACAUUUCAGUAGAAAGUCAUUCCUUAAGACAUUAGCUAGAUAUAACUGUCCUGCCCCCUGUUGCCUGGGAGCUGCGGUAUAGUCACGGUUCUGGAGGACAGUGUCUGCCGGAUAUUCUUAGGGAGCGGGCCGAAAGGCGGGGAUUUCAGGGUUUGUCGGUCGGUACAGUUUUUUUUUCACUGUGACUUUGUUCCUUGUUUGUACUUGAUAUUUCUGGCAGUAUUAUUUUAUUUUGCACGCACUCAGUAAGCACUUGUGUUUUUAUAAUUAUGUUUUUAUAAAGGAUGUAACCAAAGAUUUAAAGCACAGCUGCCAAAUAAUAAACAUUAUUAUUAUUUCUUUA